UGACGUAGUUGUGACGGGUCAGGUCGACCCCGCGAGCGGACGGAGCGACUGACAGCAGCCAAAAUUUUUGUCUAUUGUACCUUGGAUGCUAUUUUCAGAAUCGAUCCAGCAAUUGAAGGCUGGCCAUGGCUCGACCACGACAACCACCCCUGGUAACUGGGAUUUCUCCUAAUGAAGGAUUUACAUGGACAAAAGUAACAAUCCGAGGGGAAAACCUGGGAACUGGACCCACUGAUCUUACAGGUCUAACGAUCUGUGGACACAACUGCCUGUUGACUGCAGAAUGGAUGUCUGCAAGUAAGAUUGUCUGUCGAGUUGGACCAGCUAAAAAUGAUAAGGGAGACAUAAUUGUGACAACUAAAUCCGGUGGAAGAGGAACGUCAACUGUGUCCUUCAGACUGAUGAAGCCAGAAAAAAUAGGCAUCCUGGAUCAGUCGGCUGUGUGGGUUGAAGAGAUGAACUAUUACGACAUGCGCACUGAUAGGAACAAGGGGAUCUCUCCCUUGUCUCUGCGUCCAGCAAAUCCUCUUGGCAUAGAUAUAGACAAAGGCAAAGUCCCUCAGAAGGACCUGGAAGGGUUGUUUGAAGGCAUGAGCGGAGAUUUUACCAGUGAAAACUUCUCAGCCACCUGGUAUCUGAUAGAAAACCACUCAGUUACAAGUUUUGAUCAGCUGAAAGUUGCUGCAAAUUAUUUAAGGAAGCAGGCUAACAAGAAGAAUGAAGGAAGCCUGGCAUAUGUGAAGGGAGGCCUCAGCACCUUCUUUGAGGCUCAGGAUGCACUUUCAGCAAUCCAUCAAAAAUUGGAAGUGGAUGGGACGGAAAAAGUAGAAGGGUCAAUGACGCAGAAACUGGAGAAUGUACUUAACAGGGCAAGUAACACAGCAGACGCACUGUUCCAAGAAGUCUUGGGACGCAAAGACAAAGCUGAUUCCACAAGAAAUGCCCUCAAUGUUCUUCAGCGUUUCAAAUUUCUCUUUAAUCUGCCACUGAAUAUUGAAAGGAACAUUCAGAAGGGUGAUUAUGAUGUUGUAAUAAAUGACUAUGAGAAAGCUAAAUCGCUGUUUGGGAAAACAGAGGUCCGUGUCUUUCAGAAAGUUUAUUCUGAAGUAGAAACACGGAUUGAUGCAUUGAGGAAACUGCUGAUGGACAAAUUGCUUGAGACACCAUCAACUCUGCAUGACCAGAAGAGAUAUAUAAGGUAUCUGUCUGAUCUCCAUGCACCAGGUGAUCCUGCUUGGCAGUGUAUUCUGGCUCAACACAAGUGGAUCUUGCAACUGAUGCAGAACUGCAGAGAGAAUUAUGUCAAAGGGCAAAAAGGUCCAACUCAUCUCCACACCCCAAUGCUGGAUUUGGACAGUGAUGUACGGCCUUCUCCCAUUAGUCGCCUGAGUCAAAGCACUACGUUGAAAAGAGCCAGCAGUUUCCAAUCUUCCCGAGAUGACUCUUGGCGAUACAAAGCUCCACAGACUGUGACCUUUGUUGACAACCUAACUGAGAUUGUUAUAAGCCAACUCCCCAAUUUCUGGAAGCUUUGGAUAUCCUAUGUUAACGGCAGUCUUUUCAGUGAGACCGGUGAAAAAUCAGCACAAGUGGAAAAAUUUAAGAAGAAUGCCCGAUCCCGACAAAACGACUUCAAGAAAAUGAUUCAAGAGGUAAUAAACUCGCUUGUGAAGCUGAUCAGAGGAGCUCUUCUCCCCUCCAGCCUCCAAGAAGUAGAACUGAGACAUUAUGGGGGUUGGGAAACGAAAACAGAGCUUCCUGGCCAGUGGCUAACCCACGUUAUUCACACGAUGAGGCUGAACUACGAGUCGUUGACAGCCCUGGAAAUACCGAAUGAUCUAUUGCAGACAAUCCAGGAGCUAAUCUUAGAUGUGCGAGUGCGUUGUCUAAUCGUUACACUGCAGCAGACUGCGGAUGAUGUUAAGAGACUUGCAGAAAAAGAAGACUGGAUCGUUGACAAUGAGGGUAUCACUUCUUUGCCAGCUCAAUUUGAACAUUGUGUUGUGCAAACUCUACAAGCACUCAAGGAAACCAUAGACUGCCAGCCUGGAGAGACGAGCAUAUUUCAGCAUGAGAAGACACAGUAUCACGUGUGCGAACUGUCUGUUAACAUCAUGAAGGUUUUUGUUGGUUCCCUGGAGUACCUGAGCACAAAAUCAGAUGGUGAUGCAGAAAGUAGCCACCUCUCUGUGGAUAUUUCCUCUCCAGACCUUCUUGGAAGCCUGCACGAAAACUUCAGCCCAACUCCAGAACAACGACUUCUGAUUGUUCUCAGCAACUGCGAGUAUCUGGCACGGCAUACUUUCAGUGGGUUAGCCGAGCACUUCGAGAAACAUGCAUUCCAAGGCACGGAGAAGAUCACUCAGAUGAGUAUUGAUGCAGUGAAGAAACUGGACCAGACGCUGUUUGAAACUUACAUUGAGAUGAAAGCAGAUCCAAUUGCUGGUUCUCUGGAGCCUGGGAUUUAUGCUGGAUAUUUUGACUGGAAGGACUGUCUCAUGCCAACAGGUGUCAGAACUUACUUAAAGGAAGCUUUGGCUAACAUCAUUGCUGUUCACGCAGAGGUGUUCACGAUUUCUAAAGAGCUCGUUCCAAGAGUUCUUUCGCAAAUCAUUGAAGCCGUGGCAGAAGAAAUGAACCGACUGAUGCAGUGUGUGUCAUCCUUCAGCAAGAAUGGAGCUCUGCAGGCUCGAUUGGAAAUUUGUGCUCUCAGAGAUGCUGUUGCUUCGUUCCUGACACCUGAUAGCAAUCAAAAUUUCAAACAGGCCCUUGAAGUACUGCCCCAGCUUCCCAGUGGAGCAGACAAAAAGUUACUUGAAGAACUCCUCAACAAAUUCAAGAGCAGCAUGCAGUUACAACUCACGUGCUUCCAACCCUCCUCAUUGAGCAUAGUAAAGAUAUAAAACAUGAAAGUCCUCAAAGUAUGUGGUUUUUUUACUUUGCAAACCAGAUAGCAUGGCAAGGGAAACUUAAUUUUUUUUAAAAAAAAGUGUGGUUUUGCUUUCUAUCUCUCUCCAACAAAAGAAAAUUGGCAAAAAGAUUUUUUCACAUUACAUCUCAUUAUUAGGCUGUUUCAAACAUGUUCACGAAGUAUGAAACCUUGAUUUAAAAAAAGAGAUGACAUUUGUAUUCAUGUGCAGUUCAGUUAUGUGCCACAAUCAAUGUCUUUUUCUGUAAAUUUAAUUAAAGUGCAUUUCACAUGUUACAAUUCAUGUGUUUUCAAAAAUGUGAGGAUCAAUGGUUGUCAGAUGCAGAACAGAUUUUUGUCCAGAUUAGGAUUCUGACCAUGUUUUCAAAGUCAUUUCUUAAGGGAUGAUACCUGGGUCUAAUCUGCUGUACUUGCUAAAGUUUUUUUUAAUAAAAAGUGGAUAUCAAAUUACUAAAAUGGCAGAUGUACUGAAGGUUCAACGCAGGAUGUAUUCUUAGCAUAACUCCACAGCUCUUAAGAAAUCUGUUAAGAAAUACUGCAAAAAUGUAGUAAACUGUUGGUUUAGUCGAUAGAGCUGUACUUAUGGACCAAGAGGUCCCUGUUUUGAAUCCUGGUCCAUGCUGUUUGGGGAGGCUAAAUUUGCCCCGGCAUUCCCAGGGUUAGUGAGGGGAAAACGAACCAGGGUUCCUGAUCCUGGUAUCUUUGCAGCACCAUUUACUAGUUGGGUGGGUAGGGGUCAGGCUUGGCUAUUACGAGACAAAUUAGACUAGAAUAUGUUUAAAAUAGCAAUUGUAUUAAUCACAAUCAUUAAAUGAUAGCAAGGAUUGUGAACGCUGUUAGAUUUGGGUAAGGUUUUAAAAGCUUCCGAUUGAUGUGUUCAUGGAGCUUUUUCUGUUGACUGUUUUGCAUGGGUUUAAACAUUGCAGUUGGAACUCUCACUAACAAAUGUCAUUUAUGAAAUCAUUAAAACCAAAUUUAAAAAAA